AUGUGUAGGCGGGAACAACAACGACGUAUUGACGGCGGGAAUCAAGAUGACGUCAACGUAUAUACCAACGUCACUACCGCUUUACUUGUAUAUAUUAUUGAGACAUUAUUGAAAACAUCCUUUCACACGGUUAGUAGUUUUAGACGCACAGGAGAACCAACUUCACACAGGCGCAAGUGCAUUAAUCACACAUUUACGACAGAGAUACUGGAUAUCAUCUAUCCGUCAGUAUAUACAAAGCCUUCUCCGGAAAUGCGUUCAAUUCGAAUGUUAACUGGCAAAGCAUAUACAGCACCAGAUCCACCACCCCUACCAAAAAUUAGAGUACAAGAUACAUCUCCAUUUACAGUCACCGGGGUUGAUUUCUCGGGAGCACUGUAUGUACGAAGCAAUUCUAGAAUUGAGCAUAAGGCUUAUAUUUGUCUAUUUACGUGCGCUUCAACAAGAGCUGUCCAUCUCGAGCUGGUACCAGAUUUAUCAGAAGAAACUUUCAUCCAAGCGUUUAGAAGAUUUACAAGUCGAAAAUCCCUACCCCAUAUAAUGAUAUCAGACAACGCAACAACAUUCAAUGCAGCAGCAAAUACCAUUCAACAACUCAUGAGAUCAACGGCAGUUAAUGACGCUCUACACAGCCAUGGUACUGAAUGGAGAUUCAUACCUAAGCGAGCACCAUGGUUUGGCGGUUGGUGGGAGCGACUUAUUGGACUAACAAAAACCACCAUCAAGAAAGUUUUAGGUCGUUCAUUUAUUAGUUACGAGAGCCUCCAGACAAUAGUAACAGAGAUUGAGGGUAUAAUGAACGACAGACCGCUUACUUACGUCACUUCCGAUAUAGGAGACCCGGACCCAUUAACACCGGCGCACCUGCUUUAUGGACGUCGUAUUACAUCCCUUCCAUAUGAUGGCAAUACACCAGAACCACAGAAUGUUACAAUGUCUGACGUAACAAAAAGGGCAAGAAUGCAGGCACAACUUAUCAGUCAUUAUCGUUUACGAUGGCGUCACGAAUAUCUUACGUCACUGCGUCAGUACCACAAAACAACAGGAAACAACACUCAGACAGUUCAGGUUGGCGACGUUGUACAGAUUUAUGAUGAAUCACCAAGAACGCAGUGGAAACUAGGCGUAAUCCAGCAGUUAAUUUACGGUAAUGAUGGCCUCACACGAGCAGCAAUUUUACGCACGAGUAAUGGACUUGUCACUUCGAGAUCUAUUGUGAAACUGUACCCAUUAGAAAUCAUUUUUACAUCGUAA